UCUCGCCCAAGAUUUAAGGUGAGAUAUCGAUACACUAGGCGCACCUAUAAUGGGACGACUAGCGUUUCACACAGAAGGAGGGAGGUGAAAUACAGUACUUUAGUUAUUAAGUUUCUGAUGAACUGGUAAUUGGUUAUCUAUUUCUUAUCAAACAAGACAAUAAUCUUCACUCAACAAAAAAGACAAAAGUCCACUGAAAUGAUCUGAGCAAGAUUAAUCUCCAGCAGGCAGAUAGAGAAUGACAAACAACAGGCCGGUCGCGCUUGGGGUUUUGUCAGGAUUAGUUAUUAUAGGAGGGAUAGUUUUUGCUGUUCUCAUGGCUGUGAUAUUUGACACGCUGAAUGAACAAACUCUGAGGAAUAAUGAUGGCCUGUAUGCUUUCCCGUUUUGGAGUUUUGGGUUUUUGUACAUAAUUCCUGGGAUUCUUGGCUCUAUAGCUGCCUGUGUCCACAACGUAUGUAUGUAUAUUGUAGCUUUGAUUUUUGGCCUGCUAUUUUUGAUUGCAAUGGGCGGUGUUAGUUUCUUCUUUGGAGUUCCAAUGUAUUUGAUCAUAGCAGCCGACCAAGUUUUUCAAUCUAACUGCAGGUUUGAUUAUUUGAAUUAUCAGACUUGUGAGAACUCUCCUGAACUCCGCCCCAUGUUUAUUGCUACGUGCGUGAUAGACGUCCUUAGCGGGAUUGUUUUGUUCUGUGUCUUUAUCCAAUGCUGCUACUACACCUGUUGUGCGAAGGACGUGAUUACAUCUGGCGUUGCUAUACAGUCAGGACCCCAGACGAAUAUUUCUGUCAGUCAAACUUCACAGCAACAAAAUGCUCAGUUAAAUCCCUACCCCGUGAACACGGUACAACCAUAUGGCGCCCCAUAUUACGGGCAAAACUGGUACGGCGCUCCUUAUGGGCAAAAUGUAUACAGCACCCCACCAGAUUGGCAAAAAUAUUACGGCGCCCCUAACAGGCAAAACGCAUCAGGCACCCCUGACGGGCAGAAUAACCGCAGCGGCUACCAACAAAACGCCCCAUCUACAGACACCGCCUCACCCGUUGAGAUGCAACCACUUCAAGACGUCAGUGAAAGCAAUAAGUAACUUUGUUACAGGAGGGGAUGGAGAGAGAAUUAGAGAGAUAAAUAGAGAGAAUAUGAGAGAACGAGAGAUAAGAAUAUAAUAUUGUAGUUUUGAUGUUUUCUAUUGCACGGUCACUUUAUUAAAGCAGCCAACAUUAUAAAGUAUAUAAAUAAUUAUCUUUUUCACUUCGUAUUUCUUACUCUGUUAAUUGUUGUGAAGUAUGAAUCACAUCAUCUUUUUUUAUUC